AAAAGAUUUUGCAAAUUGCUUAGUCAUCGGGGCACAUAUACACGAAUGUAAGCAAUUACAUAAACAAACCCUGGGGUUAAAGUCCUCCUUUCCUUUGGGACAGAAAGUGUCGGCAUAAUAUGCUGGUCUGAGAAUCGUCUGUUGCCCUAAGAAGAGAAUUGGGAUUUCCAUCAAGUAUUCUAAUCUAACAGACUGCACUAAGAGAGUGUAGUUGAUGUUUAAUGAAAUGUUCACUCCUCAGAUUAAGACUGUUGUGUUAAAUUUCUUAAAUCUGAGUUAGAUUACUAAUAUUUGGCGGUUUUUUCAAUUUGAUUAGAAUGGCCUGACUUUCUUAAGACAUCCAAUAAAUAUAAGCUAGUUAUACUAACCUAUAAACACAAGGGGGCUUAUGAUUUGCAAAUCACUUGGUUUAUUUUUGUUUAAAUGUUCUAUUUCCAUUAUGUAGGAUACUUAAGCCAUUAAAAAAGCAAUGCAGAAAUUAUCAUAUAUUUUUGUGUUGAAGAUAUAUGGCAAAAUUAAAUCUAAAUUGGGCAUAAAUUUCCUAUUGAUUAGGACUUAUAUUAAAUCAGUUUAGAGACAUACAAACAUUUUUACUAUUUCCAAAUAAUAUAAUCUUAUUAAAUUCAAAUCUGAUGUAAUGUAAACGAUGAACAUUUUAUGGGAUUCAUCUUAGCUUUUUAAUUCUAUAUUGUAUCUUUGUAUCUUUGUACCUUUGUAUCUUUGUAUCUUUGAAUUUUUCAAUUUAUUUUAAGGUAUUUGUCAAAUUCAUACAUUAUUUGAUACUUAUUAAAAUUGGUGA